CGCAAGGCCUGCCGGGAGAGCCCCCAUCUUUAAGCGCGUUUGGCUGGCCCACGGGCGCUCGGAAGUCGAGACGCUUCCGUCGUUGUUCUUGAAGCGGUGGAGACUGUGGGGGUCGGCGUCUUUGAGUGUGAGAAGUUUUUACAGAUAGCCACAAUGGCUGAAAAUGGAGAUAAUGAAAAAAUGGCUGCUCUGGAGGCCAAAAUCUGUCAUCAAAUUGAGUAUUAUUUUGGAGACUUCAAUUUGCCACGAGACAAGUUUUUAAAGGAACAGAUCAAAUUGGAUGAAGGCUGGGUACCUUUGGACACAAUGAUAAAAUUCAACAGGCUAAACCGACUGACAACAGACUUUAAUGUAAUUGUCCAAGCACUGGGCAAAUCUAAGGCAAAGCUUAUGGAAGUGAGUGCAGACAGAACUAAGAUCAGAAGAUCUCCAAGCAGACCCCUUCCUGAAGUGACGGACGAGUAUAAGAAUGAUGUAAAAAACAGAUCUGUUUAUAUUAAAGGCUUCCCAACUGAUGCAACCCUGGAUGACAUAAAAGAAUGGCUAGAUGAUAAAGGUCAAAUACUGAAUAUUCAGAUGAGACGAACAUUGCACAAAACAUUUAAGGGGUCAAUAUUUGCUGUGUUUGAUAGUAUUCAGUCUGCAAAGAAGUUUGUGGAUACCCCUGGUCAGAAGUACAAAGACACAAGCUUGUUAAUACUCUUUAAGGAAGAUUACUUUGCAAAGAAAAAUGAAGAAAGAAAGCAGAGCAAAGUGGAAGCUAAAUUAAAAGCUAAACAAGAACAUGAAGGAAGACACAAGUCAGGAAAUGCUGAAACACGACCUCUAGAAGGAAGGAUGGGGUGCUUACUGAAGUUUUCAGGUGACUUGGAUGACCAGACCUGUAGAGAAGAUUUACACAUCCUUUUCUCAAAUCACGGUGAAAUAAAAUGGAUUGACUUUGUCAGAGGAGCAAAAGAGGGAAUAAUUCUCUUUAAAGAGAAAGCUAAGGAAGCACUUGAGAAAGCCAGGAGUGCAAAUAAUGGUAACCUACAAUUAAGGAACAAAAAGGUGACUUGGAAAGUAUUAGAAGGACAUGCGGAAAAAGAUGCGAUGAAAAAAAUCAUGGAUGAUCAGCAAGAAUCACUAAACAAAUGGAAGUCAAAAGGAGGAGGCCGCAGAUUUAAAGGAAAAGGAAGGGGAAACAGACCUCCUUAUGCUGGGGGACCCAAAGGAAGAGGACAGUUUCAUGGCAGGAGAACAAGAUUCGAUGAUGAUGACUACCAUCACCAUCAUCGACGUGGAUCAGGACCAAUGAAAAGAGCAAGAGACGGAAGAGACAGAGAAGAGCCUGCAUCAAAGCAUAAGAAGAGAGAGAACGGCGCUAGAGACAAGUAGUUUAGUAAGCAGUGUUUUUAUUCAUCUUAGUUAGAUUUUAAGCUGCUUUUUGUCUUCAGAAGCUUUUAAAAAGAAAAGCGAAUUAGGUCCACUUCAAUGUCCACCUGUAUAAAAGGAAAAGAAUUUGUUUUUCUUGUCUUUUUUUUGUUGUUGUUACCCAAAUGAAAGUUUUUUAAAAUGUAUAGUUCUGUUUGUGUUUGGAUGAUUCAAAUAUGAAAAGGAAGAUUCUUCCUCUUAAUUGCCUUUGUAAUAUGAGAAUGUAUUAGUACAAACUUGUAAAAUAUAUGCUGUAUAAAAAUAGCCAACUGUUUACUUUUUUCUUUUUUUUUCUCUUAAAUUUUUUCACAAAGAAUUUACUAGAAUGUUGACUGCUUAGACAACAGUUAAUUUGUCCAGUCUCUCAGGCUGGCUUUCUAUUUACCCAUGCAACUUGCUGUGAGUGGAAAGUAAUAUUGCAAAGCUUUUGAAUGCUGAACGUAUUCAAAAUUGGGAAACUUACUGAUUUCUUUUUAUGAAAGUUGUAUAAUGCUGGCAGGUCAUAUCGAAGCUCUGUAAAACAAGGCAAACAUUCACCUUGAAAGUAUUAGAUGCUGGUGUGCAUUAAUGUUUUACAUCCAUCACUUUGGACAUACCCUUUUGAAUACUUACAUGCCAAGUUAUGCAGAGUGUUUCUGCUGUUUUGAUCACAUGUCAAAAUUUGAGGUUAUGGAGAAUAGUUAAAAGAAUUCACAAGCAUGGGGGAAAAGUUCUGUGAAAAUCAGAUGUAUCUAUAGCUGACAAUAUGAUAUUCAUGCUUCAAAAAUUGCCUAUCCAUGUUUUAAUAAUGGAUAGUCCUAGUUAUUUUUUCUACUAACAAAAUGAAGGUCCAUUUUUCACAUUCCUUCCCAAUUUAUUUUUGAUUUUUGAAACAGGGUUUCUCUGUAUAACAGUCCUAGCUGUCCUGGAACUUGCCUCAUAGACCAAGCUGGCCUUGAACUCAACAGAGAUCCAUCUGCCUCUGCCUCCUCCUAAGUGCUGAGAUUAAAGCGUGUACCACUACUACUCCAGCCCUUUCUAAUUUAUAACGUAAAUUCUCUAUACUUUCACCAUUGGCCAGUGGUAUCUUUUGUAAUUUCCAAUACAUGCCAUAGCUCUCUAUAAUGUGUGACCAAGUCAUCUGGGAAUCUUGUUCUGUUUGUGUAGGCUCCAAGGUUGUUAAAGCUGAUAAUGUGAAGACCACUAAAGGUCUGGAUUAGUAUACAACUAGGACUAAUAUAAAGUGCUCUGUAUUGAGUUCUGUGACAACACUUAAUAGGAAGACAGACAAGUCUUUAUGAACAACUUAGGUAGAUCCUUUAACAUCAUAGGACCAAUUCGUGGUAAACUCAUGCUAGACAUAAUGGCAUGUGCAUUUCAUCUCAGGACUGGGAAUCAGGCAGACAAAUGCCUAGUCCAGUAGGCCUUGUGAGUUCUCUGACAGUCAGAGGUAGUUAGGGGAGGAGAGAGAGAAAGAAAAACGCAGAGAAACCAUGCUUCCAAACAAAUAAAGAUGUUCCUUUUAUUGCA